UAAUUAAUUUUCUCAUCAAAGUUCCUCUAAGCUCUUUUUGUUCUUCUUCAUCACAUCAUGUCUGAAGAGCAAAUAAUUUCAGAAUUUCAAGAAGCCUUUUGUCUACUUGACAAAGAUGGUGAUGGAUGUAUAACGAUCGAAGAGUUAGCGACAGCUAUUCGAUCAUUACAUCACAACCCUACUGAAGAAGAAUUGCAAAUAAUGAUGAAUGAAGUUGACGUUAAUGGCAAUGGAUAUAUUGAAUUUGGGGAGUUCUUCAAUCUCAUGGCAAAAAAGAUGAAGGAAAAUGAAGCAGAAGAAGAACUAAGAGAAGCUUUCAAAGUAUUUGAUAUGGAUGAUGAUGGGAAAAUAUCACCUAAUGAGCUGAAGAAUGUAAUGAUCCACAUGGUAGAGAAAUUAACAGAUGAAGAAAUAGAGCAAAUGGUGUAUGAAGCUGAUUUGGAUGGAGAUGGACUUAUUGACUAUGAAGAAUUUGUUAAAAUGAUGCUUCUUAUCUGA